GUCACUGCCGCCACCAUGCACUCCUGGAACGCUGCCGCUCUCCCCGCACGCGCGGUGCUCAGACGGAGCCCGCGCCGCCUGCUCUCGACGUCCGCGCCGGCAUGCAGCGAGAAGCCCAUCCUGAACCGGUACAGCCGGACGAUCACGAAGCCAAAGGACCAGGGCGCGAGCCAGGCCAUGCUGUACGACACGGACGGCAUCCGCACGGACGAGGACUUUGACAAGGCGAUGGUCGGCGUGGCGAGCAUAUGGUACGAGGGCAACCCAUGUAAUAAGCACCUGCUCGGCCUCGGCCAGCAUGUACGGAAAUCCUUGUACGAUGCGGGGCUUAUUGGAUACCAGUUCGGUGUCGUCGGCGUCAGUGAUGGAAUCAGUAUGGGCACAAAAGGCAUGACGUACUCCUUGCAAUCCCGCGACCUCAUAGCGGAUCAGGUGGAGACCGCCGCGGGAGGCCACUGGCUUGACGGCAUGGUCACCAUUCCCGGCUGCGACAAGAACAUGCCCGGCGUGUUGAUGGCUUUGGGACGAUUGAACAGGCCAGGUUUCAUGAUUUAUGGUGGUACUAUCAAGCCCGGUUCGUGCGAGGGCGCGCCGCAACUGGAUAUCGUCUCUGCGUUCCAGUCGUACGGCAAGUAUCUGGAGGAUGGAAAGACCGACGACGCCGAAAAGUUCCGUUACAACACGGUCCGGCAUGCGUGCCCCGGUCCCGGCGCAUGCGGUGGGAUGUACACGGCAAAUACUAUGGCUAGCGCAGCGGAAGCCAUGGGUAUGACGCUCACUGGUUCCUCCUCGUACCCUGCGGAGUACCCGGAAAAGAUCGCAGAGUGCGAGUCGGCAGGCGCAGCGAUGCUAAAUCUCCUAGAGAAGAACAUCCUCCCGCGAGACAUCAUGACGCGUUCAGCGUUUGAGAAUGCCAUGGUCCUGACCAUGAUUCUCGGCGGUUCAACAAAUGCUGUUCUGCACCUCAUCGCCAUCGCGCACUCCGUAGGCAUCAACCUCACCAUCGACGACUUCCAGUCGGUGUCGGACCGCACGCCCUUCAUCGCGGACCUCAAGCCCAGCGGCAAGUACGUCAUGGAGGACGUGUACAAGCUCGGCGGUAUCCCCAAGAUUUUGGCCUAUCUGCUCAAGAACAAGCUGAUCGACGGGAACAAUCUGACCGUGACGGGACGCACCCUUGGCGAGAACCUCGAUCGGUGGACGCACGAACACGGCGAGCUCGAGUUCUCGCGGCAGAACGUUAUCCGCCCCCUCGAGCAGCCGAUCAAGGAGACUGGCCACCUGCGCAUCCUGAAGGGGAACCUUGCUCCCGGCGGCGCCGUCGCAAAGAUUACGGGCAAGGAGGGCCUCGGCUUCACGGGCAAGGCCCGUACGUUCGACAGCGAGGACGAGUUCGUCGCCGCCGUCGAGAGCGGCUCGAUCAAGAAGGGCGAGAAGACCGUCGUCGUCCUCCGCUACCUUGGUCCCAAGGGUGGUCCCGGCAUGCCUGAAAUGCUCAAGCCCACCAGUCUGAUCAUGGGUGCCGGCCUCGGCCACGACGUCGCAUCCCUAACGGACGGCCGUUUCAGCGGCGGAUCGCACGGCUUCUGCAUCGGGCACGUCGUCCCUGAGGCGCAGGUCGGGGGCCCCAUCGCCCUCGUCUGCGACGGCGAUAUUAUCUCCGUGGACGCGGUGAAAAACACGAUCGAGCUCCGGGUCCCGGAGGACGAGCUCGCGCGCCGCCGUGCCGCCUGGACCGCGCCCCCGCUCAAGGUCUCGCAAGGCACGCUCUACAAAUACGUGAAGACGGUCGAGGACGCGAGCAGGGGGUGUAUCACGGACGCCUGAGGCCCGCCGCCGCCCUGGACCAGCUGCUGCGCUCGGUGCCGAGUAGGAGGUGGCGUGCACGGCACCCCGCCGGUCCCGGGGUUUGGCCGCGGGCUGAAGCGAACGGGAUCCGCGGACACACGCCGGGAGAACGAAAGUACGUUACGCCCCCAGGGGAGACACACCUAAUACGACGCAGCGGUGCGCCCGAUAUGGCUGUAUGCUAGCUAUAGGGGGCUCCAGGGGGACGUGCGAUCGACCCGUCCCCGGGAGCAGAGAAUUUAAUUGUCGUUCGC